UAUUCCACAUUGGUUCAACAUCAUUUCAUUGAAAUUAGGUGGAAAUAACGUUGAUUCAACCAGUGUGUACCCAGUGGGAAGCCUCUGACACAAUGGCACUCAAGAUAACCAUGCCAGGAAAACAAAGUGGGUCUACAUUCUCUCAGCUGAGACUCUUUCUUUGUUUCCUGAUGUAUUGCUGGGGUCUAGCUGAUCCAGCAUGUGGGUACUUCCUGAAAAACUGCACAAUCCGGGGUAAUCUCAGUGACCCCUCUAACAUGAAAGUACUCUGUGAAAAGAGGAACCUAGAAGUCAUACCAAAAGACAUUCCACGGAAAGUAAGCGUUUUUGAUGUGGCCAUGAAUAACAUUUCCAAAAUUGGAAAGUUGGAUUUUAAAGGCCUAUCAAACCUCAAAAUUCUAAACAUGUCAAGAAACCAGAUCUCUCAAUUGGACAAUGGGUCUCUCAGACACCUAGAGGCUUUUCAGGAGCUGGGUCUGGCUCAUAACAGACUCACAACCUUGUCAGACCAUUUGUUUCAAGGUCUAGUCAACCUCUCCCUGCUACAUCUGGACAACAACUUCAUUGCAACCAUCAGCUCCUCAUCAUUUCAGCCUCUCUCCAGUUUGAAGACAGUGAAUUUAACCAAGAACAUCCUUUAUAUUAUGAAGGAAGUUCAGCCCAUCAUACAAUUACCACACUUACAGGAGUUGUACAUUGGGAGCAACAGGUUCACCUCUUUCCAGUCACAGGAAAUAUCAAACACUUCUAUAGAGCUGAGGCUGUUGGAUUUAUCCCGGAAUCCAUUGGGAAUCUUCAGGAUCACGGCAGAUGUUCUUCCUUACCUUGAGGUGUUAGACAUCGCCUACUGUGGCCAACUGGGACACAUGGAAUGGGAUGUGCUGAACAGGUAUUUUCUGAGCAACGUCAAUCGUCUCAACUUGAGUGGCAUUGAGAUAUCUUUCGAGAGGAUGGGUAUGGUGCUGCAGACUGUCAACUCCUCAUUAGUCCAUCUGAGAUUGAAUGACCUCGUCAACGGAUCAAGGCUCAAGAUCAAGGGUCUCACUGAUAUUGCCUGACAUAUACCUAAACUCAGCGUACUCCGACUGGAAUAUAACAACAUAGGUAAUCUCUCUGAGGAAUUUCUCCAGUCAUGUAAACACAUGACAGAAGUGGACAUAUCAAAUACUGGUCUUACUCAGCUGUCUGAAUUUUCAUUCAGAUCAAUGGAGCAAAU